ACCCGAACGUUGUUCCAGAAAGAUGUCUUAGAUCCCCUCUCGCUGGGAGGUCAACACUUCUCGAAGCCUCUGCGUUCAUGGCUUCGGGAGGUUUGCAUACGAAGAACAGCAAAACUGCUUCAACUCCCAGACUCAAUAGAAGAAGAAGUUCCAGUCAUUUUGUCUAUUACAGAAAGGCAACUUUACGAUCAUGUUCUCCAUCAAACCAAGCGCGAAAUUGACGAUACGGUAAGUAAGGGAAAGAGUAUCAAGAAGUACAGCAUUUUGUUCACCGCUAUUCUCAAAAUGAGAAUGCGAUGCGACAGUGAAACCUUUCCUAAAUACUCUAGCUCUCAGAGAUAUCUGGGUGAUCCUCAGGUAGAGAAUAUGGGAUGCGAGCAGUGUCAUACGUCCCGAGAUGAAGACGCAGCAUUACUCUUGGCAUCCUUUCAAUUCUGUCCGGAUUGUGGUCGGUCCCUUCAGGCUUCUAGCCCUGGCUCGAAUUUUGGAUCUAGUCAAGACGGAAACUCACCGUUACCGGAUUUGUCCCCGAGACGAGAGGAGAAAUUGAUAACAUCGACUGGUUGCUCGGCAAAACUUUCCGCGGUGAUGGAGAAAAUUCAUACAUGCCCAUCUCCAUCCAAGCAUAUUGUGUUCUCCUAUUGGACAUCUAUCCUAGAUCUCCUUUCGAAAAUGCUUGGAAGUAUGGCAGUGAUUUACGUGCAAGUUGAUGGGCGAACUAGCUAUGCCGAAAGAUCACAACGAUCUCAACGUUUUCGAGAAAGAGAUGACACAUGCGUUUCAUUGAUGUCUAUUGAAACAGGAGCUUUGGGUCUAAAUCUUACGGCCGCCAACUAUGUACACAUAGUAGAGCCUCAGUGGAACCCUUCCAUCGAAGAUCAAGCGGUUGGGCGAGCUCUCCGAAUGAGUCAGAUGCGGCAGGUCACUGUCGUACGAUACAUCGUGCAGGGCACCGUUGAACAGAAUAUAAUACACCUUCAGAAAAGAAAGAAGAGCGCUGCGAAGUUCAUGUUUAAUCUCUGUAUAUCAGAAGAACUGGAUGGAAAGUUGGAGGUAAGUUAG